UCCUCUCGCGCCAUCCCGUCAACCAGAGGUUUAAACCAGUCGGGAUUACGAUCGCAAAUAUGUGAUUUUUGGCGUGGUACACAUGCAUCGGCCUGUUCGCUGUUCGAGGUUCCGAGAGACCAGAUAGAAGAUUUUUUUUUUUUUACAGCUGCUGAUACUAAAAGGAAGGGGAAAAAAGAAACGCGCGUGCCGGAGCAGCUUCUGUGUUUGUGUGAAGGUUUCCUCGCGGAGGUUGUGUCGGGCGGGACAGCGGAGCAUCGACUGAGGUCCCCCCCACCACCGCCGCCGACCCCCUCUUCCUGAUCCCAGCGAUGCUACCCUGCCUGCGGAAAGUCCUGCGGCCCGCCCUCUCUCUGAGAGCCGGGACCGGGGUGGCCGCGGCCGGACCCGGCGGCCACCAAGCACCGGGCACUCCUCCGGUCCCCGGGUGGCUGGCGCAGCGGCGUCAGCUCGGCACGCACCCGCUGAACGAGCUCGUGGAGCCCCUCGACUCGCCCCGCGGAGCCAAGGAGUUUAUUUACACCCUCCACCCGUCCGAGCGCACCUGUCUGCUGCGAGAGCUGCACAGGUUCGAGUCCAUAGCCAUAGCUCAAGGGACGCUGGAAGUCGCACCACCUACUUCUGCAGAGUUAAGAUAUGUUCUGCUGCACAAUGCAAUCCCAUUUGUUGGAUUUGGAUUCCUGGACAACUGCAUCAUGAUUAUUGCCGGCACACAAAUUGAGUUAUCCAUCGGCGUGGUCCUCGGCAUUUCAACUAUGGCUGCUGCUGCCCUCGGCAACCUGGUGUCUGAUCUGGCAGGACUAGGUCUGGCAGGUUACGUGGAGGCCUUGGCGUAUCGGCUAGGAAUGAAGAUUCCCGACUUGAGCCCCAAACAGGCCGACAUGUGGCAGACCAGAGUCAGCUCUCACGCGGGCAAAGCCAUUGGCGUCGGCAUCGGCUGCAUCCUCGGCAUGUUUCCACUUUUUUUCUUUAAGGACGAUGAGAAAAAGAAAUGCAAGAAGAAAGAAACGGAGAAAACCCCAGCACCAGCUGCUCCGACAGAGAGCGGCGAAAACUGAAUGUUUCAUCUCGCCGGGAGGCAAAUUCUAUUUGGAGUGCUUUUGAAUACUUACAACUGGGACUGAUUGCACCUGUCUGGUGGACCGGAGUGUCUGGAAAUGUAUUGAAUCCGAUCUAGUCAUCGUCGGUUGGCCCAGUCAAACUAUCAAAGGUGUUCUGAAGAUAUUAUUUGAUUCUAGACUUUGAACUUAAGCACAGCGACCUGACAGUCUCUUGAAGAGACCAGACAUAUUCAUUGGACUGCUGCUACUCCAGCUAUCGCACGGCAACCUCACUUAUCUUGUCUGGCCAACACGAGCUGAAACUCAUUUAUCUAAAACCCACCGCAGUGGCCUCUGAAGAUGUAAACGUCUGACUGUAGGUGGUUAGAUGAGAGCAGGUAAGGGUAAUAAACCAAUGCAAGAGGAUAACAAACAUCUUCAGAGCUCAUGCAUAGCAAAGUAUCGCAUUUUGACAUUGAAGGCUUCUCGUACAUUUUGAGAAAUCCUUUUAAUUAACGGAAGACGACUGAACAAAGAGGCAAUCUAAUAACUUUAUUCCGCAGUGUUUAACUAAUUCCUUGUCCAUUUUUGAGGGUGGUGACCCAAGGAAAGAUUGUCACUUUUGCAUUUUCUGAUGCACCCUUCCACAUAAAGUACAUUACUCUAACGUUGUACAAGCAUGUCUGCCUUUUUAUGAGAUCAAAGUCUUAAAGUAUGUCUCAUUUAACACUCCAGGAAAACCAGUCAGCAGAUCUUAGUGAGAAUACAGGCUGUUAAAUAUGUAACGCCUGCUAGCUGCUUCCUUACUUGUUUAGGUUUUUUAGUUGCUGGUUUCACUUAGAAUGCUAUGCUGCGUGAUGCUCGCCCAUUGUAGGCCGAAACGUAACCAGGUCGGCACAGUUCAAGAGAAUAUGACAUUUCAGAGAGCAGUUUGUCGAGGAGUUUAGUGGGAAGGAGAGAAUCGCAGAGACAGGGAGGCACAUAGAUAAGCAUUAGCGACACUCACCCACCGGGGACCUCGCUCCCAUUCGCACCGAUCUUCUGGCUCCAAUACAAUGUGAUUUAUGUCCUGCACACCUGCAGCUGAGCGACGACACACCUCUCCCGUGCAGAGGAGAUGGCAGCAGGCCUCCGUUUCCGUGAUGGAGCCUGACUUACAACUACAGCUCACUGCAUGGUUUCAAUUUGACUUUAAAAUAGAUGAUUUGGACCUUUUGUUAUCUCUCGUUUCCAUUAACACUGACACUACUACAUGAUCUCCCCCACCCGUUUGUGUACUAUAUUGUCUCUGCUCUACUGCCCUCUGCUGGCUGGAAUUCAGAAGAAGUUUCUUAAAUCAUCAGUCAUCUGCUUUUCCUGUUUAGUAUUCAAGCUCUUUAUCUCUAUGAUUAUUGCUCUUAAUUAUUUAUUUAAAUUCUUUUGACAAACAAAGUAAUCUAUCGCAUCCUUCAGCCAAGAAACAUGAAGGCCAGGUCUCUCCAUCAUGUAGUGCAUCCAGUUUUGUUAGUAACCUGCUCGUCACAUUGCUCACCUCAUGAGGACUGAGGACUGUUGUUCACAGUGUUGAAUCUGUUUAGAAAUGUAAAUGAAAGGAAGCAGCUACGUGUCACUGAAUGGCAUUUGCUCGCAGAAAAUGUAUUUAUUUUUGUUAUCAUACACAGACUUGUAUUCAUGGAUGUUCUCACUGUAUAUUCUCUUCAUCUUAAAAUACAGUAACAUAUAGAACAUAUUUGUGAGCACAAAACACCUUUUCUUAGUCUGUUUUCAACAGGAAGGACUUUGCAACCCCGCGUUACAGCCCGUGACUCGGCCUGCUCUGAACACUUACCCUGUAUGAGUUUGUUCCAAUGGUUUAUUAUUCUGGUAAACAGUGAAGAAAAUAAUUGAAUAUAUUUAUGUGGUUAGGAUUUUUGAUCUGAUUGCUUGAUUUCCACAUUGCAUGCACUGCUAAUAAAACAUACCCUAUUGUACAUGUUUUCUGUGUAAGAAUCAUAAAAUGUUCUAAACAUUAUGCAUUGGAUCCAAAUCAUGAGAGGUGAUACAAACAAAUGACUUGAUUAACAUGCAAAUAAAAAGGUAAUAGUAUAAAUGUUC